GAUAACGUCAAAAAGGGAACUGCCAGUUAGCAAGCAGCAGUGUAUGGCAACAAAUACAGCAGUCUGUGGCCCCAAGCAUUGAAGGCCAUUGGAAAGUAGGAGGUCAGGUGGCAAAAACACUGCUGAUAUGAAAAAUUGUCUUUAGCAAGGUACAUGCCAAGUUAAAAUUUAUUAGGGGUAUUUUUAAUCACCUUGGUAUAAUAGCCGCUUCAACGGGCCUUCCGCCCUUCCUUACCUUACCUGUAAGGCGAUACUUGUAAGAAAUCUUAAAUAAUAACAACACAGGACUGGUGCAACAACACGCACUACAACGGACUGGAUGUAUUGUUGCUUUGCUGUUUGCUUGGUGCCUUUUUCUACUGCGGAUUAGAGUUACACUAAGGUUUGUGAUAAACAGAAGACAGAAGAGUGUAGGGGACACGAAGACGCACCCGGUAUCCACUGACGAUUGGGGGAGGUGGAUUAAAGUGCAGGACCAGGGCUUUGAAAUAUUGCUCCAGUACAUUAUAUGUUUUGUUGAGGAGAACUGUUAACCUCCAUUGGAAAUAGUAGUUUUUUUGGAGUACACUUCACUGGCGACGCACCGGCAGAGAAGAGACUUGAGUGGCUGUUAGGUUUUUAUCUAUCACUUGGUGUGUUUGUUAGUCCGUAGUUUCUGUUGUUCCUUUUCUGCCUGGGGAGUUCCUCUCUCCUGGCCCCUACUGUGGCUAACCGUUAAGCGCCAGCUCGCGCCAACAUGGCUCAGCAACAGACGACAAGCUCGCAGAAGGCCCUGAUGUUGGAACUCAAAUCCUUGCAGGAGGAGCCCGUGGAGGGUUUCCGAAUUACUUUGGUGGACGAGUCAGACCUGUACAACUGGGAGGUGGCCAUUUUCGGCCCCCCCAACACCCUUUAUGAGGGUGGUUACUUCAAGGCACACAUAAAAUUUCCAAUGGAUUAUCCAUACUCCCCUCCGACCUUUAGAUUCUUAACCAAAAUGUGGCAUCCCAAUAUAUAUGAGAAUGGAGAUGUUUGCAUUUCAAUUCUUCAUCCACCCGUUGAUGAUCCACAGAGUGGAGAGCUGCCGUCUGAAAGGUGGAACCCUACACAAAAUGUCAGAACUAUUCUAUUGAGUGUAAUUUCAUUGUUGAAUGAGCCUAAUACAUUUUCACCGGCCAAUGUUGAUGCCUCAGUCAUGUUUAGAAAAUGGAGGGACAGUAAGGGAAAAGACAAAGAAUAUGCAGAAAUAAUUAGGAAACAAGUCCUUGCCACCAAAGCUGAAGCAGAAAAAGAUGGAGUAAAGGUUCCCACCACACUUGCGGAGUACUGCAUCAAAACUAAAGUGCCUGCACAUGACAACAGCUCUGAUUUGCUUUAUGACGACUUGUAUGAUGAUGAUAUUGAUGAGGAAGAGGAGGAGCAGGAUGCUGACUGUUAUGACGACGAUGACUCUGGAAAUGAAGAGUCAUGACUUGCACCCUUCUUUAUUACCAUUUACACCACACAUGGCCCACCUUUUAAGGCCUGAAGGGAGCAGCAGUGACCUAACAACCCAGCAGUAAAAGAUUAUGAAAACAAAAAUAAACUUGUUUGUUGCUGUUUCCUGUUGUGUGGAUCUGAAUUUGCUCCUUUUUUUAUGGACCUUUUAUGGGUGAAGUAAGUCCACAGUUUGUCUUCGAACCCUUGCUUUCUUAACUUUCCUUCAAUGUGAUGAAUUUUCUUUACCACACACCUCCCUUCCACGCGCACACUUCCACCCUGGGUGCUCCCAGCAAAAUUAAUGCCUGGACUGAAUCAGUUACAAAAGAAGUCAUAAUUAACAUGAUCCUUUUUGGUCAUUUGUUUAUGCAGAGUUAAAGAAAAUGCUGCAUUAUUUAGUAGAGGAAAUGCCGCAAAAAUGGUAGAAAAAUUGCCAAGAUACUGGGAAUCCAUUAGUAUUUCUAUUGCUAGUUUGUGCAUUCUUUAGUCUGGAUUCAAUUUUUUUAAGCAUUGUGGUGGUACACUUUUAAACUCCAUCUUUUGGGUUGAGUUGAUGUGGAAAGCCAUUGCAUUGAGCUGUAUAAUUUGUUUUUAUCUUGAAGAUGCAGUAGUCUGUCCAACAGGCAUCCCUAGAUAGUGUAUGAAGUCUUUGACAUACUGUAGCUGCUUGUUUUAGCUUGAUGUGGGUUUCUGUUCAACGCCAUAGUAUUAGUGCGCACGCACACACACACACACACACACACACACAUAUAUAUAUAUAUAUAUAUAUAUAUAUAUAUUUUUUUUUUUUUUUUUUAUUAUUAUUAUUUAUUUAUUUGGGGCAGUCAUUUUUAGAGAGACCUGCUUGCAGAUGUAGUCAACACCUUUUUAUGUUUUUGUAUUUUGCCAUUGAAGUCUAGGGCUGUUAUGUUGGACAUUUCCUCAUGAGUAAAAUUUACAGUUUGAAACACUUUGGUGGCUUAAAGCUUAGUCUACGAAAGUCCUGCUGACCCAGGUUUUGUAUAAAAAAGUUGAUUCAAACAUUCCUUCCAUCUAAAGAUAUAAUGUGCAGUUCAUGUGGUUGUAGCGGCAGUGAUUCAUUUACUUGUCUUGCUUCUGCGUAAUUAUGCCUGAAGUAACUGAGGUAGCAUUUCAAGAGUCUGAAAACAUAAAUCCUUUGCUAGGAUGUCAAAACGUGCAGAAGCCAUAAGAUAAGUACAUUAAGCUUCCAUCAUGGCUGUUACAUUUUGAGCAUUUGUGGUACCCAUAUCAUUAAGUAGGUGAAAUUAACUCAUUUGAAACUGGUGUGACACUGUUUGAGGCUUAGGAGCCAAGGUUUGUAGAACUUUGAAACUUAAGCUUGUCAAAAGUAAUCCUAGUGGUGGCUUCUAAUGUGUGGUGAACAGUGCUUGAUUGGGGGGGGGGACUUGUAUGUCAGCAAUGAGGGGUUUUGCACAUGUUAAAAGAUAUGCUAUUUACUUUGUAACCUCAUUUGUGCUGAUUUUAUAGAUAAGGCGCAAUUUUGCCACAAGACCACUAUUAAUGUUUUUAGUGGCCAGGCAUUGCUGUGUUUAGGAGGAUGGUGGAAGUUGUGAAGGGUAGUUUUUGCUCAUGCCUCUGAAUAGGCCAGGCAUGUACAAGUAUUGCAGUAAAUCUGAUAUUGAUAUAAAGCCUUAGUAACUGUUUAUGCUGUAGUUUAACCUAACAUUUUAUAAAGAAUUUAAUCAGAUGGAACCCUGAUAAUUUAUUACAUUAAGCAUAUGUUUAACCAUGGGGGAUGCUGCAUCUUUUCAGGUAUGUUUUUUGACCCCCCCCCCCUUUUUUUUGUGGCCAUCUUCAUUAUAUCCUGUUCCUUGAGUUGUUUGAAAUAUUCAGCUUAAUGUUGCAGGAUUUAUUAUUUUUUUUAAUUUUAAUGUUUUGACCUUUAGGAACUUUGUUGUAAGCUGGGCUGAUGAGGUUUGUUUUCUACUAGAGUGUCUGCUGUUGCUCGUUUCCCUUUGAUGUGUAAACACUGAAAUAUUAGCCCAACCAGGGAGGUUUAAGAAAGAAUGUUAGGUGUUAUCUAUUUUGGUCUUUUUUUCUCUAUAUUGUUAAAUAUCAUCUGAAAAAGUUUACAUUUUUUCUUAAAGCAAAAAAUAAAUAAUGGAUUGAGGUAGCUGUAAUGAUACCAGUAGGGGUGCACUAACUGUUUUGAUAGUUCUACCCUAAGCAAAAUGCAAAUAUUUGUUUUCUUUAAGAUUUAUCGACCUUACACGAGACUGAUGCAUUUUUGUGUUGUCUUCCCUCUCACAGCAUUUUUUUUUGUUUCUUCCUGGCAAUGGUCAACUAAUAAAAUGUGAAAUAAAA